GUUAGCUGUGAGAAAGAAUUGUUCCCCGGAUGUUCACUCAACAAUAGCUCUUGCUUCUGCUCUACCAGCACAUAUCCCUCUGCUCUCUUGGACUGCGCCUCGGUAAACUGCACAACGAAGGAGUAUUUCACCACGAGACGAUUGUAUGAAAAAGAAUGUGACAUCAUCUCGGUUCAAGGCCCUCCGACGAUCAGCGCGUCAACCUUGGUGCCUCUCAUCCUUGCGUCGUUUUUCUUUGUUGCUAGGAUCAUUGCGAAGGCCAGUGGUCUUGCUGGAGGCUGGGGAUGGGAUGACUACACUAUCAUACUUUCAUACAUCCUUGGUGUCGCUAUCUAUGUCAUGAAUAUAUACCUUGUUCGCUUUGGAUUUGGUCAAAACAUCUGGGACCUCCCAUUCCACACGAUCACAAAAUUCUACCAAUAUUUUCAAGGUCUCGCAGUGAUGUACAAGAUCCAAAUCUCCCUAGCCAAAAUAUCUGUCUGCCUUUUUCUGCUUCGAAUCUUUCAAAGUCGCACGUUUCGCUAUAUUGCAUACUCUUUGGUCGGUGUCAACGCCAUUAUCGGAAUCACCUUUGCCUUUGUCGAUGGCUUUCGUUGCGUACCGCUCCAUUUAACAUGGACCGGCUGGGCAAACGAGGAGUCGGGAAAGUGUAUCAAUUUCAUCAUUGCGAUUUUGGUCAACUGUUUGGUUAAUAUCUUUGUCGACUCGAUCAUGAUUAUGAUGCCGGUGUGGGAAGUGGCCAAGCUACAGUUGCCAUUGAAAAAGAAACUUGCCGUUGCAUUGAUGUUUGCCGUGGGUUCGGUUCUAACUAUCAUUGCCAUCAUCCGAGUUAUUGUUUUCUGGAAAAACCGCUGGGGAAUAAACCAGACUCUGGGUCUUUACCCUCUCAUCCACUGGUCAGUGAUUGAGACACAAAUCGCCGUAAUGUGCGCUUGUCUUCCUGCAUUCAGAGCGCUCAUUGGCCAUUGGUUUCCCGGGUUGCUUGGAGGCUCGUCUAGCCGAACUUAUGCAUCACACACAAAGGAGGGCUAUAGAAGGCAGGUCGGCGGAGAUAGUAAUAUCAAUAAGUCGGUUAGCUACUCGGUACGAUACGGCCCACGAUCGGACACGAAUAGUGUGGUUGAGUUAGUAGAUAUGAAUUUGAAGUAUCCCGCUCAUGAUAGAUCUAAUAUAUAG